AAACACUGAACCAUAUAACACGCACGAAGAAAGUUAUCACCAUUAAAAGAGGGGUAGAAAUAGUUCAUCAAACAGCUACAAGAUUAUUCAAGUAAAUAGUGAUGUUGAGAUAAUAAGGCCACUGGAUAAAGACCAACAGCUACAAAGAUGGAUGCACAGAGGCUACUGGAGUCAAAACUACGCCAAGCUGAAGAAGAUGGAAAUAUAGGAGCAGUAGUUCAAACAUUAUCAUUACAAGAUAAGACGCAAGCUUUACUUAUAGCUGGUAUAACAGGAUUGUAUGACGUUGUGAUAUAUCUGAUAGACCAUGGUAUUGGUGUACAAUAUGUCAAUAGCCGCCAGAAAAAUCUCAUGCACUUACUUUUAGGUAGCUAUAACAGACAUAUCAAUACAAUGUAAAGGUAAAUUAAUUGAGGCUGGGGUAGACGUAAACUGGCCCAAUGAAAACACUGAGAUGCCUGUAUUUACAGCUACUAGGAAAGGAUUGUAUGAAGUUGUGAUAUAUAUGCUAGAACAUGGUUUUGAUGUACAUUAUGUUGAUAGUCUCCAGAACAAUCUAAUACACAUACUUUUAUAUAGAUAUGACAGAUAUGACAAUAAAGGUAGACAUGCUUUGUUAUUACCAUGUGUAGUUAAAUUAGUUGAUGCUGGUGUAGACGUUAACCAGUUGAAUGUUGAUAAAAUGACACCCUUACUUAUAGCUGCUAGAAAAGGAUUGUGUGACGUUGUGAUAUAUCUGCUAGAACACGGAGUUGAUGUACAUUGUCUUGAUGGUCGCCAGAACAACCUCAUGAACAUAGUUUUAUAUAAUUAUGACAGAUCUUACAAUACAGGUAGAAUUGAUUUGUUAUUAUCAUGUGUGGUUAAAUUAGUUGAUGCUGGUGUAGACGCCAAACAGUCAGAUGAAGAUAAAGUGACAACUAUAUUUAUAGCUGCUAGAAAAGGAUUGAAUGAUAUUGUGAUGUAUUUCUUAAAACGCGGAGUAGAUGCACAUUGUGUUGACAGUUGUAAAUGCAACAUUCUUCACUAUAUUUUAUGCUGUAUGUAUUCCAGUGUGAUGGAUGAAGAGAAAUGUAUACAACUUGUUAAUACUUUAAUAAACAUGGGAUCAAGCAUAAACCAACCAGACCACGAGGGUAAUACCCCGUUGUUCUAUGUCUGUAUAAACAAGCCCAAGUUUUGUAUGAGUAACAUGCACGGAAUAAAAUUGGCAUUAGAGGCAGGACAGGAUAUCUACGUUCGAUUAAAAUGUAAAUUGAUAAACAUUUUAUUAGAAGCUGGUUGUAAUGUAAACCAUCAAAACACUGAAGGCCAAACAGCCUUAAUGUACUAUAUAAUACAACAAUCUGAUACCAGUAUAUUAAAACUAUUAAUUCCACAUUCUGACCUAAGUUUAUCUGAUAAUAAUGGUGAUACAGCAAUUAGUUAUUGUGUUCAAUAUCACAUGUUCCGUUCUACAGCCGUCUUUAAACUUUUAGUAGAUUCAGGCUCAAAUCUGAUGUCUCGUAGCCACAGAGUUAAGUUAUUAUAUAAUAUUUUAAAUUGUAAGAGGCUGGGGGUGUUCAGUUAUUACAUUAGGCUAAAGUUGAUUGUUAAUGGUGUUACAGCCGACGGAGCAAAUAUGCUUCAUCUUUUAGCUCGUGUUAACUAUAAUUAUUCUCUAAACAAGUUUAAAUUGUUGUUACAUAACGAGCUAGAUAUCAACCAGCUCUGUUCUAAAACCAAUUCACCUACUAUGAUAGCUGCCUUUUUACUAAACAGUAAAUAUUUAGAACUGUUGACACGUCAUCCUAGACUAGAUAUCAAUGCACAAAAUAACCAGGGUCAUACGGCAGUCCACCUUUGUGUCAUUGGAUUUACGAUGUUUAAAGAUGGCUUGAACAAGAGGCAGGUAAAUGAUGUUGUUAAGAAUUAUUGUAGACAGAUAUAUCCGAUAUAUAUGGCUUGUAUUGAUAGUUUACUUGGUGUUGAUGGAAUAGAUGUAAAUAUUAAAGACCAUAGAGGUAGAACUAGUUUAAUGAUGGCUGCUAUGAAAAACGACAGAGUUCUUACAAGGAAACUGCUUCGGGCUGGUGCCAUAGUUAACUUGUUAGACUAUUCAGGAAGAACUGCUCUACAAUAUCUCAAUAUUUAUCAAAGUGUGUUUGAUUUGACUUGUUUCAAAUUACUUCUAUCUAAUGGUAAUACUGGUCUUCUCAAUUUACCCUGUAUAGAUGGUAACAAGAUAAUUCAAACAGUCCUGUGUUUUCCUCGCUUAUGGGAACCAUGUCAAACCAUUUGUUUUAUUAGGUAUUUAGUUUCUGCAAACUGUUGUCUUCAAAUACUAGUAACAGCUUCAUUUGAAAGUAACUAUAACCAAAUUGACCUGAUUGAAUUAAGUCCCCAAGAAAGGGAUAAACUGAGACAACUGUUAUAUCUUAGUGGCGCCCAAGGGGAACAAAUUAUGACUUCUUUAAAUUUUGAUCAGGAAGAUAAACAAUAUCAAGAAAACGACACAAUUCGCUCACGAGACAGGGAAAAAUUCAUUAGUUUCUGUAGUAAUGUAUCUCUGAAGUCAAUUUGUAGAAGAUUCAUCAGACAGAAUCUUGGAUGGGAAAUAAAGGAGAAGAUAAAAGAUCUAGAAUUACCUCGUUAAUUAAAUGAUUUUCUCCUACUAAAAGAUGUUCUCCACCCACACGAUUACAACUUAGACCAUAUGGAUGAUGGCUGUAAUUAUUUUGAUGACGAUGAUGAUUAUGAUGGUUAUGAUAUAGAUAAAGAUAGGGAUGAUGAUUAUAGUCAAUAUAACUGCCAGUAUUUUACCCUCAAUACGGAUCAUGAACUAAGACAAGAUUUCCUAAAAACCAAUAUAUUUCCUAAUGGUAACAAUGAUUUUCUAAAAAAAACCAGGGAUGAUGACGACAACAAUGAUGAUGAUGGCGACGAUGACGAUCAUGACGAUGAUGGCGACGGCGAUGAUGAUGAUGAUGACGACGAUGAUGAUGAUGGCGACGACGAUGAUGAUGAUGCCGACGACGAUGAUGUUGGCGACGAUGAUGAUGGCUAUGACGACGACGACGAUGAUGAUGGCGACGACGAUGAUGAUGAUGACGAUGACGAAGACGAAGACGACGAUGAACCAUAUCUGAGAUAACCAUGAUGUUCAUUGUACUUUGAGUACGUUUAGUCUACAUGUAACUGCUGGUCAGAUUGUAAAGUCUUGUCUUAUUCUGACCAGUCACAAACUACAUAAGUAAUUUGACAAGUAUUCGCGUUAGAUUAUUGGUAUACCUAAUAUUAAAAAUAGUAAUGAAUUGUUCAAAUAUUUCUCUAAUUGUUAUAUCCUAUACUCUAUUUCAUAACUGAAAGAACAUUUAAUUUAUAUACAAACCUGUUUUAUGUGUGUGAGAGAGAAAUGGGGUUUAACGUCCACUCGACACAAACUAGGUCAUUUCGGGUAUGACUUUAUUUUGCUUCAAUAAUUAGCUUGCGCGUAGUGGGCUUGAGCAGUGGGACGAAACCGGAGGACCCAGAAAACCCAUAAGGGUUGCCAGGCGACCCUGUUUUAUGUGUACAUACUAUGUGUAGUAAUAUCGGACUUCCUUGUUGUGAUCGUGAAAUAAAACUACAUAGUUCGUUUCUACAGCUUUAUUAUUAAACUGCUUGUAAGGCAUAUAUGUACCACGUUCCCAAUAAAGCAUAGAUUAUAGCUGCUAGGAAUAUCAGGGUGAGUUCUCCAAAUUUCACUCAACACCCUCUUUUACAACCCCCUUAUUUCUGUACGUCUUAGACUGACCUUGUCGUUAAUUUCCUUCCCAAAUAUGGAAUAAACACCCCAUUCUCCCAAGACAACACUGGUUGAAAUUCAUAUAAUACUUUUAUUGUUCUUCAAACAUAUGUACAAAACGUAAGACUUCGUAAUUUCCCCACUCGUUACCGUUCCUUCGGAAUCCUAUUACCAGUAUUGGUAGGAACAGUUGUUAGUCUUGACGGUGGAGUAGAUGUACUAGGUACCAGCGUUGAUUGUAUAAUGGUGGCCCGUGGCGUGAUAAAGGCUAAUUCAUCUCUAUUAGUUGUUAACUCGCCCGUCGUCUCUUGCACUAAUCUCUGGACGAUUUCCACAAUUUUCCAUUCCAAAACAAUGGCUUAAAAAAUUUUGAAUUUUGAAUUGCGUUUAUAGCAACAUAUAAAGCCAUCUUAGCUAUUAAAUAGUUUAUCAAUAAUGUGAA